UAUCGCCCAUAUGCCGUAGAUUUUCUGUUUUCCUAUAGUACCGCCCAUAUACUGAUAUAUAUCACCCCCCAUCGUGUCCCUCCAGGGGUCCCCUUCGCCGGUUACGCCUUGUUCGCCAACAGUUACAGCAGCUGGACGGGCCGCACCCUGCACCUAGAGGACCUGUACGUCUCCCCCACAUUCAGAGGUCGCGGUUUGGGGCGACGGCUGAUGAAGAAAGUGGCGCAGGAAGGCGUGAGGUCCGGCUGCUCUCAGAUCCACCUCUCGGUCCUGAAAUGGAACAGUCCGGCCAUCAGUCUCUACCGCUCCCUGGGGGCCCAAAACCUGACAGAGGAGCCCGGAUACCAAGUCAUGAGCUUCCAGGAGGAGGCGCUGAGGAACAUGGCGGAGGAGGAGGAGCCCUGAUGACUGAUGUGGGCGGGAUCUACACUGACCCCAUAAUGACCUCGAUCCAAGUCAGUGAGGAGGAGCUGUAAAUACUCUGCGCUGCUGUAACCGAGAUAUAUAUAUAUAUACAGUAUAUACAAACCGAAUAAAGGCCAGAGGA